AAAAAAACGCGCGCAUUCGAAAUUUUGGUCCUAUAAGAGAGACAGAGAGAGUCGCCCCUGUUCUCUUUCCCUCCUCAUUUCGCUUUGCCGCCAUAGCCGCAGCGCUCUGUGUCUCCGAUCUCGAGAAGGCCGUCCUCUCAACGGAUCACUUGCUCAGACAUGGAUACGUCAAACCCUGCAGUCCUGGUCAAUGCGGAGCUGCUUGGCAGAUAUGUUGGAAGAAAAGUCCGGGCAGUGAUUCAGGUCAUACGGAAUGAUGGCGCAGCUGUAAUAGGGAAAUCCGUCGAUGAUAAGCAACUGGUGGUGAAAGGCUCGCCCCCAUCGCCACUAACAACAUUUGUUGAGGUCAUUGGCAUUGCUGAUAGUCAAAGUUCCAUCACUGCUGAUUCCUGGACCAACUUCGGCGACUCUUUUGAUACUGUCAACCAUAACAAGCUCUGUCAACUUGCAAACGGAGAGUAUCAGCACCUCUUCCUUUGAGAUGCUGGACCUUGCUCAUGUUUAGAUGAAGCAUUAAUGGGCUUUACUCAUUACUCACUCGGGAGUAAAUAGCAGUUAUGUACUGAAGAAUUUAUCUUCUGUAUUCUCCUGUAAACCUUCCGGAACACGGCGUUGCUUUUGUAUGCAUAGGUUACUUUCCAAUGAUUAAUAGUUUCCAUGAUGAA